AUGAACGUUCGCGACCCUUUCAACCUCCACCGGUCGCCUGCCUACCACAUUCUCCGAGGAAGUGCCACGCGGACUGCGGCGAACGUCAAACAAAGAGUUGUCGAGGUUGGCACACAAGCUUUCGAGACGGGGAAGCAAGCCGUCGAGGAUAUGUCAAGUUUUUCGAUACCAAAAAAUGUACCUUCGUUUACAGAUCCGCAACGUGAACUAGAAAACCGAGCUUGGGGAGCGUCAGGAGUAACGGCUAGGACAAACGCACAUUCGAACGGAGGUGUAAUAAGUGACAUGCAAGACCGCGUGGGAGGCUUCUUUGAAAAGACCAGAGGGGAUCUGCCAAUGUACAAGGAUAAGCCUUACUCGUACGCAGCCUCGCGGAGGCAACGACCGGUUUGGAGGCGGAAAAGGACAUUUGGCAUUGCUGGGCUCUUUGUCUUCAUUCUAUUCUACUUUCUUGGAUACUUCGGAACUCAUGCCGAGGCAUCUAAGAAGGCCAAAAGCACCUGGAGCUGGUUGAAAGGGCCGGAGAAGAAUGUACAACAGGUCGAUUGGCUGGAACGAAGAGAAAGGGUCAAGGAGGCUUUCAUCUUGAGCUGGGACGCUUAUGAGAGAUACGCUUGGGGCUAUGAUGAAUUUCACCCAAUCUCCAAAAAAGGAAAACAGAUGGCCCCGAAGGGCAUGGGAUGGAUCAUAGUGGAUGCUUUGGAUACGAUGAUGCUCAUGAAUCUCACGAGCAGGUUAACCCACGCACGGGAAUGGAUUUCUACGAAGCUCGAUUACGACCAAAACCAGGAGGUCAACACUUUCGAAACCACUAUUCGGAUGUUAGGGGGACUUCUUUCGGCACAUUAUUUAUCAACUGAGUUUCCAGAAAUGGCACCUUUAACAGAUGAUGAUGAAGGAACCCCAGGCGAAGACCUUUACCUGGAAAAGGCAAAAGAUCUAGCUGACCGAUUGAUGGGAGCUUUCGACUCACCUUCAGGAGUGCCAUAUGCUAGUGUCAAUUUGCAAAAGGUGCAAGGCAUUCCGUCACAUGAUGAUGGUGGAGCAUCCUCCACAGCAGAGGCAGCAUCCUUGCAGCUAGAAUUGAAAUAUCUGACGAAGCUCACCGGAGAAGCCUUCUAUUGGCAGAAGGCAGAAAAGGUGAUCCAGGUGAUUGAUGAUAACGGCAUGGAGGAUGGGCUCGUCCCAAUCUACAUCUACGCACAUGAUGGCCGCUUCCGAGGAAGUAAUAUCAGACUUGGGAGCAGAGGAGAUUCUUAUUACGAAUAUCUCAUCAAGCAAUUCCUUCAAACAUCAAAAGAAGAACCUAUAUAUGAGGAACUCUGGGAUGAAUCGCUUGCCGGUGUCCGAAAGCACCUCAUCACGUAUUCCAGCCCGUCACAAUUUACUGUUCUGGGAGAGCGACCUGAAGGCCUUGCCAAACCCUUGUCUCCAAAGAUGGAUCAUCUUGCAUGCUUCAUGCCAGGUACUAUCGCACUGGGUGCCACUGGUGGUAUUACGGAAAAGGAGGCUAGGAAGCUCCCAACAUGGUCCGCGAAGAAGGAUGAAGAGAUGCGACUUGCGCGCGAAUUAACGCAUACUUGUUGGGCCAUGUACAAAGCUAUGGCCACGGGACUCGCUGCGGAGAUCACGCAUUUCCAUGUUGACGAGCCAACUUUACCUGAAUCAGCAUCCCACAAAGCCCCUGAAAAUCUUGAUGACGAAGAGAAUACUGAAUGGAAGAACGACUUAGUGAUCAAAGAUAACGACGUUCAUAAUCUACAGCGACCCGAAACCGUCGAAACGUUGUUCUACAUGUGGAGGAUAACAGGAGAUACAAUGUAUAGAGAAUGGGGAUGGGAUAUGUUCAAAUCGUUUGUCAACUACACAGCCGUCGAAGACGGAGGUGGCUUCACGAGUUUAUCAAACGCAAAUAUCAUUCCCCCACAGACAAAAGACAACAUGGAAAGUUUCUGGCUCGCGGAGACUCUUAAAUAUUUAUAUCUCCUAUUCUCCGAUGACGACCUACUUCCUCUUGACACAAUUGUCAUCAACACAGAGGCUCACUUUUUCCCGCGGUUCAAGCUUGGCCCGUUAAACAAGACUGGUUGGCAAAGAAAACCGCGUGGUCCAGACGGGAAAAUCAUACCUGAACCGCCAUCGAAGAAGACCGAAUCACCUACAGUGGAAGUGAGGACUGUACAGCCGGUGGAGCCGGUGGCAUCAAGCGCGGGGGUUUGA